UUUUUUUUCUCACUCCCAAAAUUCCAAGCUCUCUUCAGUUAUCUACCACCACCCAAACCCUCCUCACCCUCACCUUCGUCGUCGUCUUCAUCUCUCUCUCUCCCUCCCUCCCUCCCUCCCUCAAGAACUCUGUUAUACCAAAACGUGAAAACCCCUCAAAACCCUAGAAUUUCAGGAUACCUUGAAAUUGGAAAUCUCAAUUUCGAUCUCUUUCAAUCAUUAUCGAAUCACUUUACUUCCUCCAUUCUCAUCAAUCAAUCUCGUUUCAUCUCUCCCUCCCUCUCUCUCCCUGUCUGUAUACAUCUAACUCUCUCGCUGUCUGUAUAACCUAACUCUCUCGCUGUCUGUAUCUCUGUUUGUGGAUUUUGAUUGAUUGUUGUGAAAUAAUUCACUGAGGCGCCAUGGCGAAAGGAAAGGUUGAUUUUCUAGAGGAUCUAGUUUUACCGAAAGCGGCUGCUAAAGAUGAGGGCACUGGAGGAAACAAUGAUGCAAAGUCGCUGUUGGGGUUUCUUGAUGAUUCAAAAGAUCAAGCUUCAGACAACAUCAUACCGCUGUCUCCUCAAUGGCUUUAUGCUAAACCAACUGAUAUUAAGCCAGGUGUUACCAAUGCACAAGGGGAUUUGCGAAACUCCACCGAUCUUGCUCAGAAAGAUGGUUGGCGAUUAGUUGGAUCGCAGGACAAGAAAGACCGGGGAAAGAUUGGAGGUGACACUGAAAAUGCUCGUCGCUGGCGUGAAGAAGAAAGGGAAACUGGCGUGCUAGGUAGAAGGCGAAAAGAAGAUAGGCGCAGUGACAGUGUCUCAAGUAAGGAAGCUGUUGAGGCUAGAGCUUUGCCUUCUUCUGAUAGGUGGCACGAUGUUUCCAACCGUAAUUCUGGUCAUGAAUCACAAAGAGACGGUAAAUGGUCAUCUAGGUGGGGUCCUGAUGACAAAGAGAAGGAAUCUCGAACCGAGAAAAAGGUCGAUAGCAAGAAAGAAGAAUCUUACAGUGACAAGCAGUCAUCUUCUGUUGGUAACCGUGCAAUUUUGGAGCGUGAAACUGAUUCUCGUGAUAAAUGGAGGCCUCGCCAUCGUUUGGAACUUCAUUCAGGCGGGUCAUCAACCCACCGUGCUGCACCAGGAUUCGGUUCGGAGAGAGGUCGGAUAGAACCUUCAAUUGUGGGUUUUGCUCCUGGUCGAGGAAGGGCAAGCAUCGUUGGGAGUCCAUCACUAAGUAGGCCUUCAUCCUCUGGCCCAAUUGGUGCUGCUCCUGUAGAUAGAAAGCGUGUUGUUUCUGCAGAUGCAUUUUGCUACCCUAGAGGAAAACUUCUCGAUAUCUAUCGUAAGCAAAAGCUUGUUCCGUCUUUUGGCGAAGUUCCUCUCAGUAUGGUGGAAAUAUCCCCAGUAACUCAAAAAGAUUUGGUCGAGCCGUUGGCCUUUGUUUCACCUCAGGAAGAAGAGGAGGGUGUUCUCAACGAGAUAUGGAAGGGGAGACUCACCAGCAGUGGAGUUGUAUAUUCCUCCAGAGACAAAAGCAUGAAGUCCAAUGGAGAUAUGACAGGUAUUACUGUGAUGUCUUCGAUUGAAAGCCAACAGGGUGUACCUUCUACUGCAAACUCACAAGAAAGUCGUGGGUGCUUCUCAAAGGCUUUGAUUGGUGAUGAAAUAGGUGUCCAUGAUUCACAAAAGAACUUGUUAGAUGCGAAAGAAGCAUAUCAUAGUGAAGGCGGGAAUAAGGCUUUGAUCACAGUUGGAGAACAUCACAUAUCCAGUGGUUUGGCUUCCUUAACUAUCAAGGAUUGUGAUGUUGGUAUAGAAGGAAACUCUGGUAGUUCAGUUCUCGGGGAUAACCUUAAAGUUGGUGAGAAUGGGUUGUCUGUACAUUCCGGUUCUGUUUUAGAGCCCAAACUUGAAAAUAUUGAUUCAGUUGCUACCUUAGAAAGCCGUAAUAAGCCAUUUAGUGACUCCAGUUCUUUACAAGAGGUUUCAAGCACUAAUGAGCAGUUUUUGAAGAACAAUGAAGAAUCUAAUCAAUUAGAAAGGGAUACCCCACCCGAGGAAUGGAGUUUAUUUUAUAAGGAUCCUCAAGGGGAGACGCAGGGGCCAUUCUUAGGCGUGGACAUCAUUUCAUGGUUUGACCAGGGCUUUUUUGGAACUGAUUUACUGGUCUGUUUAUCUGAUGCUCCAGACGGAACUGCUUUUCAAGAACUUGGGGAUCUCAUGCCUCAUCUGAAACUUAAAUCUCUGUCCAACUCUGAUGGCAACCUUGUCUCUAAGUUGGAUAACCUUUCUGAUGCUGUUUCAUCUAUUCCUGAACCCAGUCAUCCUGAUAGUCAAAACUUGCACGAUGUUGUCCCACGAGAUAAAGAAGUCCUGUUUCGUGGAAGGCGCGGAAGUAGCAAUAGCAAUUCUAAUGGGGAGUUGUAUUCCAACAUUAACGAAGUGCAGGCAAAUUCUGCUAAUAUCCCUGUUCCUGAUGACUUAAAUAAGUUGCAUCCCUUUGGUCUUUUAUUGUCUGAACUCGAGGGAACUAAUGCUAGGCAUACCCAGCUGUCAAACAUGUCACCUGGAAACGGUGAUCAGGGACGUUAUAUGAAUCCUAGUGCUGGAAUGAAUAUCCCUUUUGUAGGUCACAAGCAGAGUUCAUUUGAUACCAUGGCUGGCUCCCCAGUUGGUGGGGAGGAGUGGUCAGACAUUUACAGAAAAAGUAUGCCUCCUAAUCCGAACUCUAGUGGUCACUUUUCACGCAUAGAGCAAGAAAGUGAUCGGUUUGAUUUAGCGGAGCAGUUUAUGGCACAGCAAUUACACCAACAAAAUGUGCUUUCUUCUCAUUCGUCUCUGCAUUCGAAAGGACUCAGUCUGGAGCAAUUUCCAACUUCCUCUAUGGAACAGUUUCAAAAUUCCGUUCUAGCUCUGAGCAGAAACCCUCUUCACCAGCAACAAUCAAUCACUCAACAAAGAUCGGAGUUGGAAUUGUUAAAACUUAGGCUUCAACAAGAGCAACAACUGCAGCUCCAGUUGCAGCAGCAGCAGCAGCUUCAUCAGCGCCGUAUGCAACUGCAGCAACAACAGCAGCAGGAACAGCAGCAGAAGUUGCUCCUCGAACAGCUGCUCCAUCAGAAGAUGCAUAAUCGUGGCUUUGGGCAGUCUGAAAUAGACCAUCUAAGAGCAAGCAACAUGGUUGAUCAGGUACUAAUGAGGCAGCGUCUUCGGCAUGAGCUGCAGCAACAACAGUCCCGUUCCUCUAUAGCGCACCCUGAUCCACGUCUUGAGCAGCUUAUGGAAGCAAGAUUUGGUCAACACCCACACAGGGAACACCAUAACGAUUUACGGGACCUUCUUUCACGUGCUAAGCAAGGUCAGAUUCAUCCCCAGGAGUUACAACUCCUCGUUCAGCUAGAGCAGGAGCAAGCUAUGGCAUUAGCACACCAGAAAAUGAUGGAAGAAGAGAGGCGUAAUGGUGCAGUUUGGUCUCUUGAUGAAAAUCGUCAGUUUGUCCAGCCUACAGUUAAUCCGCUGCAGGAUCAAUUUGGUGGAGCUGGCCCAGCUGAUUUUUACCAUCGACAACAGAGGCCUUCAUAUGAAGAACAACUAAGUCAUCGCGAUCAAAAUCUGGCAGUACAUCAACUGUUGCAGAGAGGCGGUUAUGAGCCAGAUUCAGUUCCAUUUGAAAGGUCAAUAUCUUUGCCUAAUGGAGGUAGUGGUCUUAAUUUAGAUGGUAUAAACGCCCUGGCUCAUCUUCAAGGUCGAGAUAUUCAGGAACGACACACUCAGAUGCACCCGGCUGGGCAAAUGAAUAAUUUUUCUUCUGGUAUUCAGUCUCACCACCAGCCUCACAUUCCUGACCAGUUCCUCCCUUCAAACUUUGACGCACUGGAGCGACGCAGCUCUGAGAGCAAUGGGCAGCAUGACAAUAAUUGGAUAGAAUCUCGCAUUCAACAAAUGCACCUUGAAGCUGAAAGGCAGAGAAGGGAGUCAGUUACUGGUUUGCAACCCAAAGAACCUAGUUCCUGGGUUCCAACUGGAGUCAUAAAUGGUGAGAGCUCUGACAGAGUCUUAAUGGACCUUAUGCACCGGAAACAGGGGAUGCACUCUGAAGACCCAAAUUUAGCACGCCAUUCCUUCAAUCUCUUCACAGAUCAACAAGCAGGUCUAAGCAAUUCUUUCACUGGAGGCACCCACCGCUCUAAUGUGGGAAAUUCAUUGCAGGACGGGUUGGUUAAUGUCGGCAUGGAUGAGCGGCAUAGCAGUUUGGAAACUGGGGAACCAUUUUCCAAUAGAUCCCAUUCUGGGGCAUUACACGAAGAAGAGUUGUUCUUUUCAAGUAGGCCCGAGUUGUCCCAGACCGGUUAUGGGGAUUCUGGCAUGCGUGUUGCUAGCUCAACUGUGGAGAGAGACUCACCUGAAGGAAAGGUGGAAAAUAAGCGUAUGUCUGAAGGCAUGUUCACAACUGACUGGGCAAUUUCAGAGGCUCAAGUUAGCAUGUAUGAGCAAGGAACGAUUCCUAGGGAUAGUGGGGAGCUUUCAGCUGGUAUCCCUAGCAGGCACACUUCACUUGGCAACUCCGAGGGAAGACAAGAUUCUGAAACCAUGUCUUCCUCGGGUAUGAAAGAUACAAGUUUCAGAAGAACCUCUUCUAGCAGUGACACAGAUGAUGCUUCAGAGACAUCAUUCAUAGAUAUGUUGAAGAGUGCCAACAAGAAGCAGCAGCAACAACAAAUGAUGGUAGAGGGAGGAGGUGAUGGCAGCAUGGAAUUAUUGGAUGGUGCACAAGGGAGAUAUGGCAAAAAGAAAGGAAAGAAAGGGAAGCAAAUUAAUCCUGCUCUCCUUGGUUUCAAAGUCACCAGCAACCGGAUCAUGAUGGGGGAGAUCCAACGCCUAGACGAGUGAGACAGAGUAAGAUAAUAAUGGUCAUUGUUGUAGUAGUUUAUGUUCAUUGUAACAUCACGUGUUGUUCUUCAUUUGGCAAAGUCAGUCUUCUAUCAAACUGUACAGGAAAUGCAUUAUACCCCCACUUCUUUGUAUAAAGUGAGCAGGUAUCUUUAGCGGCAAACGAAUACCUUUUUCCCAUUUAGUCUCUCUAUUACUGUCAGCGCAAAGAGAUAUAGAGAAUAUGUAUAGAAAAUGUCUUUCACUGGUUUACAUAUAAGAGACUUGUAUAGAAAAGGCCUAUAAUAAAUAAGACUGUUUUCUUUUCAUCGUUAUCAAUUUA